AUGGGAAUACUCCGAGUGAGCAGCGCGGACGACGCGAUAAGCGCGUACUACCAGCGGCAGAACGAGAUGAUUGACGGCUUCAGCGAGAUGGACGCCCUAAGCGAGCACCUGCUGCGACCCUCCGCUGAGGAGGCCAGAGCAGCAGCCAAGACAGCACGAGGCGAGCACUGGGCGAUUCAGAUCUCCAACGUCGCCAAUAUCGUCCUCUUCAUUGUCAAGGUGGCGGCGUCCAUAGAGUCAGGCAGUCUGUCGAUCAUAGCGUCGACGCUUGACUCGCUGCUGGACCUGCUGUCGGGCUUCAUCCUCUGGUACACCGCCCGCUCCAUGCGCCGCCACAACCCCUACAAGUACCCCAUCGGCAAGGCGCGCAUGCAGCCCCUGGGCAUCAUAGUGUUUGCAUCCAUCAUGGCCACUCUCGGCUUCCAAGUGCUGCUGGAGGGCGUCAGGCGCCUCACUGACUCGUCCGCGGUGGGGCUGGGCAGCGAGUGGCAGGUGUAUGUGGCGAUCAUGCUGUUCGUGAUUGCAGUAAAAUCCGCACUCUACUUCUAUUGCCGCAUCUUCACAGGAAACGACAUCGUCAUGACAUACGCUCAGGACCAUUUCUUUGACGUGGUGACCAACACAGUGGGGCUGGCGGCUGCUGUGCUCGCAGGUGCCGUUGCCUGGUGGAUCGACCCUGUCGGCGCCAUUCUGCUCGCCCUAUACACCAUGAUCAACUGGGGCCGCACGGUCCUGGAAAACGUCAACUCGCUCACGGGCCGGUCGGCACCGCCCGAGUUUCUGCAGAAGAUAACGUACCUGUGCUGGAACCACCACGAGGCCAUCCUGGCUAUCGACACCGUGCGUGCCUACACCUUCGGCACACUCUACUUCACGGAGGUGGACGUUGUGCUGCCCCGGGACAUGCCUCUCGAGGCCAGAGCACCACCAGCACUCCUCCUUCCCCACUCCCUGGCCGAACCAACCAUAAAAAACCAACCUGAUUCUGAUGCCCCCCCCCCAUCUCACCCUCCCGUCUCAACCUCCUGUCUCUCCCUCCUGUCUCUCCCUCCUGUCUCUCCCUCCUGUCUCUCCCUCCUGUCUCUCCCUCCUGUCUCUCCCUCCUGUCUCUCCCCUCCUGUCUCUCCCUCCUGUCUCUCCCUCCUGUCUCUCCCUCCUGUCUCUCCCCUCCUGUCUCUCCCUCCUGUCUCUCCCUCCUGUCUCUCCCCUCCUGUCUCUCCCUCCUGUCUCUCCCUCCUCUCUUGUUAUUGUGGCUCCCCCUCCCCCCCACUCCCUUCACUCGAUUUUAUUGUGGAAAAGGGAUGGGGGACAGGAAGAAAAGGAGGAGGCUAUGUACAACUAACUCGGCUAGACACUGGAGAGAGGCUUUCAGCAGGGACGUCAGGAGCAGCAACCUCGCAACCAGCUGCUUCCGGUGGUCUAGGAAGCCCAGGCCUACCGCCGGUGUGGGUAGACGUGUCGGACAAGAUAAAGGACGAUAUGCAAAAGAUUAGAGGCAAGAUGGGUGAGCUAGCAAAGGUCCAGGCUCGCGCGUUGUUACCAUCGUUUGAUACGGACGAUGCGCGGGGAAAGAAGAACGAGCAUGAGAGAACCAUGGAGGUACUCACGGCGGAAAUCACGCGGUCCUUGAAGACGUGCGAGCAGCGGCUGCAGCAGCUUUCGCGGAAAGAAGCGACGUCAGCGGGGAAUGCUGCCAUUGCGCGCAACGUUCAGAGAUGCAUGGCCACGGAUUUGCAACAACUUUCCAUGGAUUUCCGCAAACAGACAAAGCAGUAUCUACGGCGGUUGCAGCAGCAACAGCAGCCUCAAGAAAAGGCUGUACUGGGCCGUUCUGCCGCUGGUGGGUCAUCAGGCAGGCUACACGAUGCAUCAUCCAGUGCAGCUCAAGCUGAUGAGGAUGACUACUUUGACCCAGAGUUUGAGGAGCGGCAGCUGCUGCGAGUGAGGCAGAUGGAGAAUGUGACAGCAGAGAGGGAGAAAGAGAUCCAAGAGAUUGUGCAGUCAGUGCAUGACCUCGCCCAGAUCAUGAAGGACAUCUCAGUCCUCGUCAUCGAUCAGGGAACCAUUGUUGACCGGAUUGACUACAACAUUCAGAAUAUCAGUGCAAACGUUGAUAAGGGGGUUGAGGAGCUGAAAAAGUCACCCGCCCAUUCUGCCGUCCCGUCGUCCUCCCGUUCCGUCGCGAUCGUCGUCGCCCUUCCGUGGCUCUCCCGUUGCCUUCCCAUCGCCCAUCCCAUCGCCCAUCCCAUCGCCCAUCCCGUCGCCCAUACCGUCGCCCAUCCCGUCGCCCAUCCCGUCGCGCAUCCCGUCGCCCAUCCCGUCCCUCCCCUCGUCGCCCACGCCAACGCCCCAAAACUCCCUCCCGUCGCCCUUCCUCUCUCCCAUCCCGUCGCUCCCCUCGUCGCCCUCGCACACUCCCCGAAACUCCCUCCCGUCGCCCUUCCUCUCUCCCAUCCCGUCGCUCCCCUCGUCGCCCUCGCCAACGCCCCGAAACUCCCUCCCGUCGCCCUUCCUCUCUCCCAUCCCGUCCCUCCCCUCGUCGCCCUCGCCAACGCCCCGAAACUCCCUCCCGUCACCCUUCCUCUCUCCCAUCCCGUCGCUCCCCUCGUCGCCCUCGCCAACGCCCCAAAACUCCCUCCCGUCGCCCUUCCUCUCUCCCAUCCAGUCCCUCCCCUCGUCGCCCUCGCCAACGCCCCGAAACUCCCUCCCGUCGCCCUUCCUCUCUCCCAUCCCGUCGCUCCCCUCGUCGCCCUCGCACACGCCCCGAAACUCCCCAUUGUCGCCCUUCCUCUCUCCUAUCCCAUCACUCCCUCCCGUCGCCUUUACAUCUCUCCCCUCCCAUCUCCCGCAUCGCGGAUGAAUUGGACGCUGCUCACUGUUUGGAAGAAUGAGAGUUGGAUGUCGCAAACUUGCAACAUUCUUGUGUGCAACUCCAAGUGA